AUGGACGAUAACAACAAAGAAAAUGGUGUAAUAGGAAUAGAAGCUGCUUCAGUUACAGAUAAUAACACGCUUACAAAUAAUAGUACACAAGAAAACAUAGAAUUAGGAGCAGAUAUUCCGCCUGGAAGAGAACAAGAAAGGAAGGAAAUAAUUAACAGAAUUUCAGGAUUGGAAUUUAACAUUAAUCAUAUAAUUGGAGCAGGAAUUUUUAUAAUUCCCAGCACAAUAUGGAGACUAGUACAAUCUCCUGGAACUGCUUUAAUGUUUUGGCUUGCUGGUGGACUUAUAAGCUUACUUGGCAGCACGAUUUAUGUUGAGUUAGGAUCUAGAUGCCCCAAAGGAUCUGGGGAACAAAAAUACCUCGAAGAGGCAUUUAAUGACCAGAAUAAACCUGCCGACUCCUAUGCGUGCGCCAAAUACUUUCUUUACGCAGUUAAAGGGAAUUACGAAAAUGAGGAUAUAUAUUUAGAUUCUAUACCAUUACGGCUUUUAGCCAUUGCAAUUUUAUUUGUUAUCACUUUGUAUCAUAUGUUAUCCAAUCGAUGGGCUAUCAUAAUUAAUAGGAUGUUUGCCAUAUUUAAGUCUAUUGCCAUACUUUUCGUUUCAAUAUAUGGCUUUGCAAAUGCCAAAAAUCAAUUGACUUUUAAUAAUACUCCAUCAGAUGAAGCAUAUGAGCCGUCUAUUAUAGAACAUAUUGGAAGUCAUGGAAAUUCUAUAGUAUUGAUCCUAUUUACAUAUGAAGACUUAACUGAGGAGUUAAAAUCUCCAAAUGUAAACCUGAAAUUCUCAGGUUUUCUAAGUGUAAUCGUUUCUUCUAUACUUUAUUUAAUGAUUAAUACUGCUUUUAUAUUGGUGGUAUCACCUCAUGAUGCCAUAAAUUCUUAUGAUGUUAUCGCUAUCAAUUUUGGACGCACAUUAUGGGGUGACUCAGGAAGAAUAUUUAUGUCAAUGUUAAUCUCAUUUUCUGCUUUCGGCUGUGUGAGUUCAAUGGUUUUUAUGGGUUCUCGAGCUAUAACAUACGCUGCUAAAUAUGGGUUUAUACCAAAAAUAUCCGACAAGUUAUUUUAUUGGAACCAAACAUUUAAUACCCCAUUUUAUGCUUUACUUUUACAAUUCUGUUAUUGCGCAGCUUUAAUUCUUUUCAUUGCGGUAGGCCAAAGCUUUUUCGUUUUUUUUGCUGAAAUGUCAUUGUAUUCAGCUAUAUUAUUCUAUGGUGUCGGAGCCGUCUGUUUAUUGAAAUUGAAGAAAUAUCAUAAAGGCGCUCAAUACCAGCAUUUUAAAGUAUGGAAAAUCUUCGUUUGGAUUUAUUUAUUAUGCACAGCUUUUAUUGCUGUGGCUCCAUUUUUUCCAAUUCGAUCAAGUAAAUACGAGCCACUUAAUUAUAAAUCUUUUGUACCAUUCUUUGCUUCAUGGAUCCCUAUAUUGAUAAGUGUGAGCAUUUGGUAUCUUCAUGAUUAUAAAAAGGUUUUUAAUACACGGGAAUGCUUUUGA